AUGGCGAGACUUACACACGAUUGCCUUUUAAUCGUAUUCAAAGAACUUAAAAAAGACAUACGAUCUCUAUUUUCAUGUCUUUUGGUUAAUCGACUUUGGUGUGAAACUGCUGUGCCAAUCUUAUGGAAAAAUCCUUGGGCGCUCUUUCAACAUCAUAGCAUCACCAACAAUUAUGAAUCACUGUACAAUACUAUUAUCUCACUACUUCCACAAGAAUCUAAGGAUUUUCUAAUUCAAAAUAAUAUUGAUUUACCAUCCAGUUAUCCAAAACCUUUAAUUAAUUACAUUCGCUUUUUCCAACAUCUUGAUGACAAGGCUAUGAUGCAUAUGUCUGGAAGUUUAAUAUUUAUUUAUAGUCAAACGAAAUUUCACAUAUUUCUCAUAGAACAAGAAAUUUUGAAGAUGAUCAUGAGUCAAUCUCAAAGGUUAAAGAAUCUUUCAUUAAAAACAUGUAAAUUAAAACAUUUCCAUUAUUUCUCAGGGGCGACGGAAUGUUUAAAAAACCUUGUUGUAUUCGAAUGUAACAUUGAAAUUGAUCCAUCAAUUUUUUAUGGUUUGGCACAAAUUUGUCAUAAAAUCAAAAAGUUAUAUGUUUACAAUUGUUACAAAGAUAAUGAUGGAUUGAUCUCUCUAAUCGAAGUACAAAAAAAAUUACAACAUUUCACUUGUGAAUUUAAUAGUUAUAUGGAAUUUGACUAUCCUCCAUGUAGAGGGAUUGAGAAUGCUUUAAUAAAGCAAGCAAAUUCACUUAUCUCUUUCAAUUCUCAAGGUCAACUUACACUUUAUCAUCUCAUUUACAAAAAAUUAGUCAACUUACGAUAUCUAAAAGUAUUUGAACUUUCACCAUAUCCUGAACAAGAAUAUCGACUGAAAGCCGCAAUCAUGCCAAAUCUUCAAAAACUUCACAUGAAUUAUUUCUCUCUUCCUACGAUAAUCAAAAUCAUUGAAUCAACUAAGGGUAAUUUAAAAGAAAUUAGGAUCGAAUCGGAACAAGGCUUCUCUAAAGAGAAUACUACAAGACUUAUUCAAGCCAUAUCAAAAAAUUGUCCAAACUUAAUGUUUACAACGAUCUUAUGUUAUGGUGGAGAUGAUGAUAAUGUCAAAGAAUUGGAAAAAUUAUUUUCAGCUUGCUCUAAAUUAGAAAAGAUAGUUCUCGUUCAUGAUUAUUUUAAUACUGACGCAGAAGAUUAUGAUGAUGAGUUAUUAAAUGUUUUGGUAAAACAUGCUCCUUUAAAUUUAAUUUCUUUAAAAUUGGAAUGCUUUAAAUUUUCAACAAAAAAUUUAGAAAGGUUCUUUAAGAGGUGGAAAGAGGGACGACGCCAUUCAUUAUCCAUUUAUAAUCUAAAUGUGGUAUAUGAGGAUUGUUUCUUGUUCAAUGAUGAGCAGAUUAAACUCGUCAAUAAAUAUGAAAAAGAAGGGGUUAUAAAAGAAUUUAAAGAGAUAGAUUCAGAUUAUGAAAGAUUUGUCGAUUGGGAAUUGUGA